AUGGUUAGUCAGCUGAACACACUACAGGAUUCACCGGAGUUAAAGAAACAGCUGCACCAACUUAUGACCUACACCAACCAACUGAUAAAAGAUACCAACAAUCAAAUCAAUGAGGUGAACAAGUGUAAGGAGCGGCACCUGAAAAUUCAGCGCGAUUGGCUGGUGGACGAGUUUACAGCGGCACUGACCUCCUUCCAGGCCGUUCAACGGAAGACGGCGGAGUGCCUUGCGGCAGGCGAGAGGAGAAAUCUACAACAUUGCCCGUCCGCCCGGCUCCUCGCGCACUGUCACUGGCAGCUCCAACAGCAGCGCCAGCCAGGAUAA